AUGUUUGACACUCUGCAAAAGAGAUGCAAGUUAGACAAGUUAACAAAAUAUGUGACAGAGAACAAGCAGUUGACCAACAGAAUAGUUUGUAAAGAGUAUAAGAAGAGUGUGUUAGAAUUUGAAAAGUCAGAUGACAACAUUGUUCGAAGUAUUGCAACAUAUUAUGCAAGUGGUGUAAUGGGGAAACGAAAGUACAAAAGUGUAAGACUGGUGCUUUCAAUGAAAUCAAAUGAAGGCAAACCAGGGAAAAGAACAAGUAUUUCAAUUUGUAAAGGCUGUAAGGUUCCAAAGCUUCUAACUUAUAGUAACCCUGUAGAACAGUUAAAAAAGAUUGACAUUGGGACUGUUCAUGAAAUUGACCCAGACUAUCUAGAGGGCUUAGAAACUGAAAACCAAGUCAAUGGUGCAUAUAGAGACUUGAGACAAUACCUCCCAAUGCUUGCCAAAUUUUAUCUUUCUCAGAACAGAAAAGAAAGUCUGAAAGGCUUUGCAGAAUCAACAGGCACUUUUCAAAUUGCUCUUGGUGGCGACGGAUGCCCAAUUGGCAAAAAUGAGAGCGCAUGCUCUUUCUUAGUCAGUUUCCUCAAUGUUGGAAGAAGGGUGGCAUCAAGUUAUGAUAACUUUCUAAUUUUUGGUGCCAACUGCGAUGAAAGCUCUCCUGUUACAAAGAAAUAUGUGAGGUCAUUAUUACCUCAAAUUGCAGAGUUAGAAAGGGCUGCAUAUGAAUUUGAAGGCAUGAAAUAUAGGUUUAAGCGGGAGGAAUUGCCAAAUGACAUGAAGAUGCUUGCCAUGUUGGCAGGUGAAUUAACUAUUAGUGCUAAGUAUUUCUCACCCUUUGCUAAUGUUUCAUUAGCUGAUUGUAGGGAUGUCAAGGGUACAUUUGGAAGUGAAAGUUCAAACAAGUGGAAGCCAUGGAGUUACAGGCAAAGAGUAAAUGUUGUCAACAAGGUUGAAGCAUUUAAGAAAAGAGUAGCACUAGAAAAAAUUUCUGAAAAGACAAAGAGAUCUAAAAUUACUGAUUACAUUGCCAAGCAAAGUAGUAGACAGGAAUUUUGCCUCUCUUAG